CAGAGAAUUUGCUGAAAGCAAGAGAAGGCUGGGGGAGUAAAAAGUUCAUAUCAUGGGUGCCUUCUUCCUGUGACUUGACUGUGGAAGGACAAGCUGGAUCUCCACUUGUGGAAAGAUUUCAGGAGGACUGGCUGUUAUUGGGAACACUGCUGAAGCACACAGUCCCAAAAAUGAAAACAAGGAAAGUAUAGGCUAAUCUGUGCAAUAGUUGUAUUUAGAAUAUAUCAUAUAUGACAAAACAUUUAUAUUUGAAAAUGCCUUGUAAAUGUCUUCAUUGACUUUAGAUUUUGCCCACAUUUUGUAGGUGAAAGAAAAGACUGUUGGAGCAAUUAAAAUAUGCUUUAUUUUCAUUGUUAUUUUGUUCAGAACAUCCAAAGAGGAAAGGAAACAGAGGUUUCUCAGACUAGCCAGAGGAAGAAGGGUUGUCAUCAUUCUCCUUCUGCCAAAUAGCUCACAGUGUAAGGAAUGCUUUGAAGAUGCUGUCUCCUGCAAAUGUGAUGUAACCAGCAAGCUGAAGUAGGCUGACCAGAUCACAAACAUCUCCAAGAAGCUGUCAGGGUUUCUGAAGUGCAGGAGGGGUGUGAUACUUCCUAUCAGAUAAUUCUGAGGGUACCAUCCUGCACUGACCUCCUUAAACCCUCCUGCUCAGUCUUCUCCCUCUCUUGGGAACUCCCAGGAUGCGUAGUCUUGGGUUAGGAAGAUGGGGGAAGAGGGGAAAACACCCAAGUCUGAUCACAGAAAGAAUCUCUGAAAUGUUUCCAAGACAGCAGCCAGGUGUCUUUGCAGUCAGGCUGGAUGGGGCUCAGCUGGGGAGGGGUGGCUCCCAUCUUCUUUCAGGAUUUCCAGCUGCAGCAGAGCAGUGCAGGAGGCUGAGCUGUGAGGAGGAGAGGCUUCACCCCUGUGCUGGGAGAGGAGCUGAAUGGACACUCUGUACAUCAGGAUUCAUCACCAUCCACAUUCCAGAGUCCCAGGCAGGCACAUGUGCCUGAUUUGGCUGUUUCCUAAAGAUACAUGAUGCUGAAGCUGAGUGAGGGGCACAUAUAUCCAGCUGGAUGUCACACUGGCAUGAGCACAGGCAUGCUGACCUCUCUCGCUCCCUUUGAAGCACUUAAGAUCAUAUCCAAGAGCUGCAUUCCAGCUGUGGCGCCUUCUGAGUCACAUUGAGAGAUGGAGAUGGAAGCUCAAAGCAAGACAGAGGAAGAUGUUGGAGGUAUUUUGAAAACUAAAGACAGGACAAAAAUUGAACAGUCAUACAGAGAAGGAAGCAACCUCAAUUAUUGACAAAGCAGAGAGUCUGCUGUUACCCUGAGAGUGGGAUAUUUAUUACAGCCUCUAGAUACACCAUCCUAGCUCCAAAACCAUAUAUAAGGAAGAAACAGCAGUUAAUGUGGAACAUACCCAGAGUCGAGGGAUAAAUCCCACUUCUGGAGGAUCCCAGGAAGAUUUGUGGUUAUGUAUGCAGCGAUGAGGAGCAGAUUCAGUCCCUGCAGGAUGGCACUUGCCGCGGUCCUGAUCGUGGAGAGCUCCCAGCUAGACAGCUCCAGCUCCAAGGUGAACUCCAUCAAGUCCACCCUGAUGGGGGAGGCUCCAACUCAGGCAACCAACAGAUCUGCAGGCAUCCACCAGGGACUGAUGCUUGCUAGCAGUAAGAAGGGCAAAAUGCUAGAGCAGAUGGGAAAACCUCCCAAGCACUAUCACCGGCAAGGAGAGGCCUAUCCCUGCACUAACGACAAGGAGUGCGAAGUUGGGCGGUACUGCCACAGCCCCCACCAAGCCACGUCUGCCUGCAUGAUGUGCCGGAGGAAGAAGAAGCGCUGCCACCGGGACGGGAUGUGCUGCCCCGGGAACCGCUGCAACAACGGUAUUUGUAUACCAGUAACUGAAAGCAUCCUUACUCCUCACAUCCCUGCUCUAGAAGGGCCACGCAACAAGAAGAAUGGUCAUUAUACGAGCAAGGAUUUGGGAUGGCACAACCUGGGGAGGCCCCGAUCCAAGCUGUCACACAUAAAGGGACAUGAAGGCGAUCCCUGCCUACGGUCAUCAGACUGUAUUGAGGGACACUGCUGUGCUCGCCACUUCUGGACCAAAAUUUGCAAGCCUGUGUUGCAUCAGGGGGAGGUGUGCACCAAACAGCGCAAGAAAGGGUCCCAUGGACUGGAGAUUUUCCAACGAUGUGACUGUGCCAAGGGUUUGUCUUGUAAAGUAUGGAAAGAUGCGACCUCCUCUUCUAAAUCAAGACUUCAUGUGUGCCAGAAGAUCUGAAUGAGGAUUGGGAAGAUAGUAUUAAGUGACUGUGGCUUUAUGUGUUUAAUGCAUUAUGGCAUGGUGGAAAAAGGGGACUGCAAAUGAAAGUGGCUAAAGUAACAGUUAAGAGUAUGAGUAGAAGUCACACCAAAUGCAUUUCUUUUUGAGCUGGUGGUAAACACAAGUGUAGCUGGAGUUCACCUACCACGCGGUUCUCCUGUAAAUAAUUCUCCAGUUUGUGGGAAAUGCUAGUAUGCAAACAAGUAGAAUGGAAAUGAAUGUCACUUACCUUGCUGUGUUGUCCCAUGAUGUUUCAGGGGUUCAAUGUUAGGGCAACAGUGGGUCUACAGCAUGGUAAGGAUUUUUUACAGAAAUUAUAUACAUUGUACUCCUAUAGGCAGCAGUGCGUGCCAGGAAGACUCACCUGUCAACACAUUAUUGGCCACAUUGCCAAUUUGGCCAAAUGGAAAUAAAGUUACUGUGAAUGUCCACAUGCCCUUGUUAUUCAGGGCUGACAUUCAGCGAGGAAGCACUCCUGCAGGACAAGAGUGCUAUGUUUUGCAGGCCCCUAAGAAGAAGGUGAAAACUGGCCAUGUCAAAAUUUCAAGAGAGCAGCAGUUUAUCCAAGAGGAGGAAUUUAAACAGGGUUUUGUUUCCUAUACAUGGGUAAACUGAAAUGCUUUAUGUAGUUCAAUGUCAUAGUAAGGCACUUAAUUACUUGUAUUUUUCUCAGUUUACUGCUAAUAUGCGUUGGGUUGAACAGAUGAAGCAAAUAUGUGUGCAUGCUGAAUCCAGAAUUAUAUACAGGCAGUUCCUCAUUAGUCCUAAAUAUAUUUUCCUUGCCUAAGCAUUCUUGCAUUAUAGACAUUUCCAAAAGAAAUAGCAGAGUGUUGAAGUGCUUAACAGGAAGAGCUUUGAAGUUGUUUCUCUGUUGCUGUUAUAAUACAAUAUAUUCAAUACCUCAACAUUUGUUGAGAGGUUUUGAGCAUAGUGCUACAAACUCAAACUUUUACAUCUUAUGGCACUCUGCAGCAGUAUAAUGGAUUUGUUCUCGAGACAGCAAAGAAAGAGGAGGUGGGUCUUGUGAGCAUCUCCUCUCCUGCAGAAGAGGAUGUAAGAAGAUGGCAUGACCACAAAUGACUUGUUAAACAUCAUGUGAUGUCACAGCACACCAGCCUCCAGCAUGUAUUUAGCCUGAAACUGAUGUCCUGUCACUCUGGAGUUCUUCCAGGAAUGACAGAAAUAUAUAGACUGUGGAAACAGCUGCCAGCCCUGCGUUGUUUGUGUACUGGUUAAAAAAAGGACAGCCUCUCUCCCGUGACUUGUCUCCCAGGUCUUUUCAAACUUUUAAAGUUUUACUUAUUUUCAAAUAUUCCUUUGUAUAAACUUUGGUAAAGAGACUGAUAUUACUUUAAAGAAGUCUGAUUCUAUAAUUGAUCUACUG